CCUGUUUCCUCAGUGAGCCAGUGAUGACUGUACCGGGUAUCGUGAUUCCGCCGCCCGGGUGGCUGCGGAAAAUACACGACUACAUGCACAGUCUGGGCGCGCUGGUGAUUUCUGAUGAGAUGUGCACUGCUCUGGGACGGAACGGAAAGUCGUUCUGGGGCUUCCAGGGCGAGGACGGCGAUCCCGACUUCAUCUGCUGUGGAAAGCCCAUUGGCAACGGUUACCCGAUGGCUGCGGCUCUGACGCGGAAGGAUCUUCUAAAAUCCAUCAAUCAGCCCAGCCUAUGGGAACAGUACCGACCGUCGCCGCUGGCCUGCGCCAUUGGUACCACCGUGCUGCGUGUUCUGGAGCAGGAGGACCUAACGGUGCGCGCCAGGGAUGUCGGGGCGUUUCUGAAACGGCACCUGCUGGCUCUGAAAGCCAAACACAGCUGUGUUGGCGAUGUACGCGGCGAAGGCCUGCUGAUUGGCGUGGACAUUGUCACAGUCAGCGACCGAAAACCCGACCGGCAGGCCUGUCAGUGUGUCGUCUAUAGACUGAAGGAGGAGGAGCGGAUCAUCGCCGCCUCGGAGGGCGAGCACCUGAACGUGUUGUACAUCACGCCGCCGCUCUGCUUUUCUGAGGAAAACGCCAGGAGCCUGGUGGCCGCGCUGGACAGGGUGCUGACAUAUAUGGAGGCAAACGGCACCGACAUCAACUUCAGCUCGCUGGGUGCUAGUCUGCUGGAACCCGAGACAGAACCGGUCGACUUAGCCACCUAUGAAGACGUAGACUGAAAGCCGCCGACACGCGAGCAACCAUCUGCGCUCUGUGAAUCAGCCCAGAGAUGCAGUGUUUUCUCUCCAUCUACAGACUAUCUCGGAUGAAACUUGAAACUUUUCUAGGAUGAAAUGAAAUGGUAUAUUCUUGGAAAAGAAGGGUCGCUGGACGCCCAAGAAGCGAAUCUCAACCGCGUGGAGUAUGGAAAGGUGUAUUUAUAGCGGAUAACAUCUCUCGAUAUUAGGCUAACCAUGUCCGUAUUUUGGUGAAUAACUUUGUAUGUUACACCGCUGGGCGGAGGAGCUGUGUUUUAUUCCAUAAAAGUGAUGCUGCGGUAAAGGUCACGAGCAGAUGACGUCACAUGUUAUGUAGUGACAUCGGUGUGACAUUCGGAUGACUCAAUUUUCCUAGCUCGAAGGCAAGGCCAGUUGAUGAAAAGCGUCACUUUAUGAUUGCUUUGUGUUUUUCCGCUUGAAGCAGUUGUCCGUCAGGAUUGGUAAGUGUGCUGUUUGGAUGUGGUUCAGUUUUCCACCAUUGGAAGCUGUUAUUGUUCAGGGUUAAGAUCGCAACGCGACUUUCUUUAUUUCUUGAUAUUAGCUCAUGUUAGCAAUGAUUCAAUGUGCUCUGGAAUG